AUGGAGCAUCCUCUUGUACAACAGAGGGAGGCGGGUGCUGCCCCUCGAAAGCCCUCGUCCGCAUCUUCGUCCAAGCGCCACUCGAAGGUUGACUCGGCCUUUGACGCCAAAAACCGAUCGAGUGCUGACACCACUAUGGACUCGACCAAGAGUACAAAUCGACGCUCAAUCCGCUCUGUCCUCAAAGUCUCGUGGGGAAAAACUGUUACCAAAAUUCUUGGUAAAUGGGAUAGACAAGGUGCUACUCCGGACGCAAAACCCGCCUCCGGACCUGAUGCCAUCAACGAGGAAAAGUGUGAAUUCGUUCAGAUAGGGGAUAAACAACCCGAGGAGCUGCUCAGUCGACCCGAUUCUUCUAAGCUUCCGCGCCCAGAGUCCGUCACUGUUAUCGACGUGACUGCGUUGACCCGCAACAAGAACAGAGGCUUACCCAAGCGCCGAAGUUUGGGGAACUUCUUUGGUUCUGUUAGAUCUCGCAAUACGCUCAAGAAGAGAGGCAAGUCCCCAGAGGGUCUUGCGGGCACGAUAGGUUCCAGUCUUUCGACGCAAUCCCCGGCAAAGGAGUCUGCAGUCUCCGACAAUGCCCCUCCCACGCUGCCAAAGCUGCCACCCUCUGAAGAUUUGAGAUCUAGCUUUCAGGAGAAUCUCAAAGACGACUCCGAAAGCCCCCAAAGCUGCUCUUUGACACCGCAUCCGCGAGAUCUCGCCCCUACGAGACCUCCCUUGAAGGACCAAGCCGUACAGACACCAUUGACAUCUAUCGCCGAACGCACUGAUGCGAAGGGGAAGGGGAAGCAUAAUCCGUUAUUGCCAGGAAUGGUGGACCUUCGUACCGGACACGAGCUUAUGUGGAAAACAUCCACCAACUCUGACGUUCAGUCAGUGCACAAGUGUAAUGUAACAGCAUGCGGCUCAGAGGCUAACUGUCAAUGGGACCGAACCCGACCAGAGACAGAGGUUACCAAACAGCUCAAGCAAGUAUCGCCCAUAGUGGAAACUGCAGAUCCCCCGAACACUACGCACACACGCGACCUCAUUCAGAUUCCUCGCAUUGCGAGAAAGCAGGAGGUACGCCGUAGUCUGAAGGGAGAUCAGGCUUUCAUCUAUGCAGGCAGGAAGGUCUACUGGGUAACUGCGGCGAACAACCGGUGUGGGACUGAGGCAUCCAGCAGUGCUGCUACUCCGAGAGACGACGACGUCAAAUCUAUCACUGCUGAAAAAGACAUCGAGGACCCUAUUGUUGCUGACACCGACAUCAUCGACGUGCCUCAAGGCUCUGGUGGCAAGAACUUGAAGAGAAAGGCGAAAAGCCUGACGUUCGUUAGACAACUUGAAGUACGAGCUGAUGAUAGUCCCCAUACCGCGCCACGUAGAAUGACCUUUAAGAUGGAUCUGCGUGGGACCGAUAGCGAUCUAGACGGGCCCGAAGGCUUCUUUUCACGGUGA